AUGGCUCCUCUCUCUUUCAUACCGGACCAAGCCAAGUCGCAAACGCGUUUAUCUUCUGACCAAAAGAAGAAGAACAGAAGCAAGAAAACGCCUACAACCCCACCACCGCAUCAGAAGCAACCGCAAAAGCCGAAGCAGAAGACGGUGCCGUCGUCAUGGAGCCAGAUAAAGAACCUUCUGAGUUGCAAACAAGUCGAAGGACCAAGAGUGCACGACCCAUCAAAGAAUAUUACGUCAUCAUCUUGUGGCUCUUCUCUUUGUAAGUUCAGUGACGUUGUUUACGGUAAUGCUCGUGUGAUUCACCGGUCCGAUCACUCGCCUGAGAGUAGCAAUCUUGGUCAAGAUGCCGGGUUGUUGACCCGGAAACCCGUUACUCGUGGAUCUUCUUCUUCGGUUAGAUCCAACGGUUGCGGUGCUUACACGUCGUAUUCAUCUUCCAAAGCUAUGCACUUUAGAAAAUUCUCCGGUUGCUAUGAGUGUCACAUGAUUGUUGAUCCCAGCAGGUAUCCAAUAGCACCAAGAAUAUGUGCAUGUCCACAAUGUGGGGAGGUUUUUCCUAAGCUUGAAACCUUGGAGCUUCAUCAAGCAGUUCGUCACGCUGUGUCAGAGUUGGGGCCAGAGGAUUCAGGGAGAAACAUAGUGGACAUCAUCUUCAAAUCUAGCUGGUUACGGAAAGACAGUCCCAACUACAAGAUCGAACGGAUAUUAAAAGUCCACAACACUCAACGCACGAUCCAACGGUUCGAAGAUUGUCGCGACGCAGUCAAGUCCCAUGCACAUGCCUCCACAAGAAAAGAGCCACGAUCAGCCGCCGACGGCAACGAGCUCCUCCGGUUCCACUGCACCACCGUUUCAUGCUCCCUCGGCUCACGUGGCUCGACCUCCCUCUGCUCCAACGUCCCUGGCUGCCGCGUCUGCACCAUUAUCCGCCACGGCUUCCACGCUAAAACGCUGCGUUUAGGCGGUGGGGCCAGUGAGAUCAAGGGCGUGAGGACGACGGCGAGCAGCGGAAGAGCGCAUGAUGCUUCGAGGUGCUUUGACCAGCGGAGAGCGAUGCUUGUUUGCCGUGUCAUUGCCGGAAGAGUGAGGCGCGUGCAAAGCGACGCGUCGGAAGAUGAGGAUGGUUCUGGCUCGUAUGAUUCUGUGGCGGGCGUCGCUGGGGUCUACUCAAAUAUUGACGACUUGGUUGUGUUUAAUCCCAAAGCUAUACUUCCUUGCUUUGUAGUUAUCUACAAAGUUUCCGAGGCUUAA